AUGGAUAAACUGCCAAGGGUGAACCUAACGGCUGCUAACAGCUCUACCGUGGACCGGCUUCAUCCUUCCUUCAUCGAUUAUGGUUCCUACCAGCACCUGUGUGUCCUCGUGCCUGUCAUCCUGGGGGUGAUCUGUGUCCUUGGGCUGGCCAGUACCCUCACAGCCAUGGGCAUCCUGAUCUCCAACGCCCACCGUGGGAAACUAUCCCUUAUCAACGCUCUCAUCCUCAACCUGAUGUUUGCCGACAGCCUUGUACUGGCAUUCGCCCUCCCGUUCCGCACUGCUGCCUUUUCCAAACCCAGUUGGACGCUUGGUUGGACAGUGUGCAAGACCUGUGAUUGGUUCCUGCAGAGCUGCUUGGCUGCGAAGAGUUUUACCGUAGCGGUGUUGGCUAAGGCUUGUUACCGUUACGUCUCUAACCCGACUAAACAGGUCAGCAUCCGUCUACGCUCCAUCCUAUUGGUGAUGUGGUUCCUCUGGCUGUCUGCCUGCUCCGCUCCCAUCCCUACCUGGCUGUUCUCUUCACUGCAGAGAGAGACCUGGGGGCUGGUGUGUGUGCAGGUGGUUCCCCCCAAAGCGCAGGACUUCAUGUCGGUCUACGUCAAGGCGUACCCCCUGGGUGUGUUCUGCGCCCCUUUGAGUUUUGCCCUGCUGUAUUUCUGGCGGGUGUAUGGGCAGUGCCAGCGGCGCUGUAGUAAGACCCAGAACCUCCGAACGCAGAUCAGAUCCAGGAAGCUCACUCUGAUGCUAUUCAAGGAGUUCAGAGAGGGUUACAGAGGUCUGUGGAGGUGCCUUACUCUUCGUAAACACACCCUGUCCAACCCCAAACCUGGCCCCCAUGCACCCACUGCCCCCCAGUCCCCCUGCCCGCGACCGGAGACCUCAGGCCAGCCGAGGGGAGGAGACGGAGGCCGAGGCUCCAUCCCUUGCCAGGGGACGACAGUUGAUCCCCAACCCCAGAUGGAGCAGGGCGGAGUGGGAGAGGCGGAGGAUGAGGCAGAGGGAGAGAGCCCUCGGGAUGGGAUCGUGCUGCUAGACGUGGAGCAGUUUUGGCAUGAGAGAGAAACAGGCUCCAUGACAGAAGAGAAUGAUCCCAUACCCUGGGAGCACCAGGAGGGAGCACCAACCGAAGGGAGGAAGUGA